GUGGCCUUGUGCUUCUUGUUCGUUCAAAGGACUCCCAAUGAAGCAAAUGGAGCUCGAGAUCUAACGAAAUUUGGAUGCUUGGAUUGCGAAAUCGAAAACCCUAGUUGAGAUCUCUCUUUUCCUUUCCGGAUUUUGAUCGCGGAAUCAGAAAGAGAGAGAGAGAGAGAGAGAGAGAGGGAGGGAUGGACAAGUCGAGUGCUUUAGAGUAUAUCAACCAGAUGUUCCCAACUGAAGCAUCUUUAUCUGGUGUGGAGCCACUAAUGCAAAAGAUACACAGUGAGAUUCGUCGUGUGGAUGCAGGGAUAUUGGCAGCUGUUCGCCAACAGAGUAAUUCAGGGACAAAAGCAAAGGAAGAUCUUACUGCUGCAACACAUGCUGUUCAGGAAUUGAUGUACAAGAUACGCGAAAUCAAAUCAAAAGCUGAACAAAGUGAAGCAAUGGUUCAGGAAAUUUGCCGGGACAUCAAGAAAUUGGAUUUUGCAAAGAAGCAUAUAACAACUACAAUUACUGCUCUUCAUCAUCUUACCAUGCUAGUCUCAGCUGUUGAGCAACUGCAAGUAAUGGCUUCAAGCCAGUAUAAGGAGGCUGCUGCUCAGUUGGAGGCAGUAAACCAGUUAUGUAGUCAUUUUGAAGCUUAUAGGGAUGUGCCAAAGAUAAAUGAACUCCGAGAGAAGUUUAAGAACAUCAAGAAGAUACUCAAGUCUCAUGUGUUUUCAGAUUUUUCAAGGAAAUGGAAUAGCUGAGACUUCUUCAAGAGAAACAUAGGCAAUGAACUAGACUGUGGUCAAGGCUGAGAGCUUUUCAAGCAAUUAGAAUAAGGUUCUUUCAUGUUCAUUAAUUGCAUCCCCCAUGAUUCACACGAAUAAAAGACCAUUUGAUUUUUCAUAGAUUUAUUAUACGAAUGCGAUUAUCAAGUGAUUGUAAUAGCUGCCUAUUUUCAAAUACUCGGUUGCCUUAUUCUUUUUACUGAGAUAAUCUUCAUAAUUUAUCCCUGUUUUUCUCAUUAAA